GAUCGUUACAUUUGAAUGAUUUAGAUGAUAAUAACGAUAUGAAGGACUCUGAAGAAAAUUUAAGAAUAAUAAUGAUCAGGUGCUGUGAUAGUUAGGUAAAACAUUAAGAUGCAAACAUGUCUGAACACUCUAGUAUUCAGGUAUGAAUCUCACAUAAUUUUAAGUAUUUUCAAGUGGUUCUCCUGGUUAUGUCAACGUGUCAAACCCUGUCUUUUGUGAUUUGAAUCUGCAACCAACAUACUAAAUAGAGAUAUGCUUUUUGUGGCUCGCUACAUAUUAGAUCUUAUCUUUACAUUUCAAGUUUAUCAUGAUACAUAUAAUGCAGGAAAAAAAAAACCUUGUAGUCACACAUUUACCAUUGUAUUACAUUGGUGCUUAGAACGAGUCUCCACUUAGGGCAGGGUAGGGGAGUCGGAUAUGUAUCACCUGUAACCCUGCAGUAUCAGAUAGGCUGUUUUCAUCCAGGUAAUGUAUCACUAUAAAUUAAUGUAAGAUGAUCUCACCUAGAACUAACUUCCUCUUUUAUUCGACCCUUAAUAGUAAGGCACAGCUCAUUUCAAUGUUCGUGGUGCCAAUGAACAAUAAUGUUGGAGACUUCAAAUCUGCAUGACUGCAGCUAAACAUUCCAACAUUAAUUUACAAUGAUACAUUGAAAUUUAGUAAGGCGUGGUAGAAAUCUAAAGAAGAGCAAUAUCGCUAGCUUUGCAGCAUAGCAGUUCAGGUGUGAUGAUCUAUGACUCAUGUCUUGACCAUGGAUACAAAAUUACUGAUUUCUGUAACAAUGAUACCAAAUUAGAAUAGAGAAUGAUCGACCAUAGCAUGCCAUUUCCCAUAUAUACUACUGAAGCAUCAGCUGCAUCGCCUUAAGUUUUAUACUUUUAUCCACAUAACCUUACAUAUUUAUAUAUAGGUCAAGCCAAUGUUUCAUCCAUUCUUUUUCAUAUCCCUAUUCUCUGAAAAGUGCUGCUUUCUGCCAUGUUAUGUUUACACUUUACAUGUUUCAAAGGAGGUUUAUGUUGACUGUUGAGAAUUCAAAUUUAUGGGAAAUUAAUAUUGCAUAAAGUUGUUAGUUAACUUUCUUGAAUAAUGGUUGCAAUUUUCUGAAUUUUUAAAAAAUUAUUUUGGCAAACAAUUUUAGUUAUAUAUAAAGCGAUGUUAGCUGAAAGAACAUCUUACUCCAAAAAGUCUACUAAUGUUCAAACCAGCUUAUGAUAAACUAGUAGUACCAUUUGUUUAAAUUUUACCCGACAUAUUGAAAAAAAUUUGGAAACUACGUAUAUAUAUGUCAUAUAUGGAUAUAUGUUCCCUUGUCUUAUUUUGACAUUUUAUACCCAAUUUUGGACUUUUCAUUUAAUGGAGCAGUUAUGUAUGAUUGGUACUCCAAGGUUUCUGUAAAUUAACUUGGUAGGGUCUAUUUAUUGGUCAAAAAACUAAACAAAGUUUGGUGUUUUGAAAAUUUACUUUAUAAUCUUAAGGUUAUAAGGUCAAAUCCCCCUAAUUGUAGCUGCGUAUAAGGAUGAAUUUCUCUUACUCUUCCCACUUGUAGUUAUGUUCACAAAGGCUGAAUAAAGAAACUGUGAUGGUACGCAGACGUUAAGUUAGGGUCCUCCAUAGUCCAUACAUUUAAAAUAUGGUAAAAGUAAGAAAAAGAAAAGGAAAAAAAAAAGCAAUUAAUUCAACUGGAUAGCAAUAAUGCACAAAAGUUUGUGAUUUGCUAUCUUAUUUGUUGAUAGAUUAGUUUAAUUAUGGUGGCGGCUAGACCUUUGUAUGUCUAAAUUGUUUUACUUUUGACAUUUUUUUUUUAUAUGUCAUUCCAUCCCAAUCUGCCAUCUGGACUUUUUCAAGCUUUUGUAACAGGGUUUCACACUGAAAUUGAUGGGGAUGGCCUUAAAAAAAUAAGGGAUGAAUAUAAAAGGUAUCCUAUGAGCCUUAAAGUUGUUAAAAAAGAUGUUAGUGAUUUUCUUAUAGGAUAAAAAUAUUUCUUGAUUCUCUUUUAUUUAGUUCUGACUUUCUGAGUCUGACCAAAGAAUCCCUGAAACUCUUUACUAUGCUUCUGUGUUUCAUGGCAGAAGCUCAUUUACUGCAGUCAGUCCUGAUUUUCUUUCUUUCUGUGGUGGUCGUAGCUCAAGAUGAAACCCAGUUUAUCUACAAUGGGUUCCGAGGAGCCAACCUCCUUCUUGAUGGGCUUGCAAACAUCCAACCAAAUGGUCUUCUUGUCCUUACCAACACUUCAAAGCAGCUUAGUGGUCAUGUUUUCUACCCAAAGCCUUUCAAACUCAAUGCAACUCGAUCCUUCUCCACGAGUUUUGUGUUUUCCAUGUAUCCUGAUGUGGAAGCUCAUGGUGGUCAUGGACUUGCUUUUGUCAUCUCCUCAUCCAUGAACUUUGCACGCGCUGUUCCAGCUGAGUUUCUAGGACUUUUCAAUGUUUCAAACAAUGGCCUUGCUUCUAAUCAUGUCUUUGCUGUAGAGUUAGAUACUAUUCAAAAUGCUGUUUUUGGGGAUAUUGAUGGCAACCAUGUUGGGAUUGAUAUUAAUGGACUAAUGUCUAAUGAUUCUGCUUCAGCUGCAUAUUAUGAUGCAGAAGGGCGGACGAACAGGAGCCUUCAACUUACUAGUCGUGAAGCUAUGCAAGUUUGGAUAGAUUAUGAUGGAAGUGAGAGGCUAAUGAAUGUAACAAUGGCUCCACUUCGUCAUCCAAAACCAGUCAGACCUCUGUUAUCUACUCACCUGAAUCUUUCUGCAGUAUUUCUUGAUUCUAUGUAUGUUGGGUUCUCUGCGGCUACUGGUCUUACUGCAAAUGAGCAUUACUUAUUAGGUUGGAGUUGGAGUGAAAUCGGGCAAGCCCCAGGUUUUAAUUUCUCCGAGCUGCCUUCACUUCCCAAGAUCAGAACUCAAAAGAGAAGGCUGGAAACUGUUUUUAUAGUACUUCUCGUUGUGUUUGUGUUAUUGUUGGUCAUUAUUUUAGCAGUUGUAUGUGCUAUACGGAGGAAAAUGUUUGAAGAGGUUAAGGAACCAUGGGAACAGGAAUAUGCCUCCCAUAGAUUCUCUUUCAAAGAUCUCUAUGUAGCAACUAAAGGGUUCAAAGACUCUGAACUUCUUGGUUCUGGAGGUUUUGGGAAGGUUUAUAAAGGUGUACUGCCUUCAACAGAAACCCAAGUUGCAAUCAAGAGAGUAUCCCAUGAUUCAAGGCAAGGAAUGAGGGAAUUUGUGUCUGAAAUUGUUAGCAUGAGAAGGCUUAGACAUCGAAACUUGAUCCAGCUUUUAGGCUACUGCCGAAGAAAAGGGGAGCUUCUUCUGGUCUAUGAUUAUAUGCCAAAUGGAAGCCUUGACAAGAUCCUGUUUCAGAAAAAUGUAUCCAAAUCUGACCUUUCUUGGCCUCAAAGAAUGAAUAUUAUCAAGGGGGUGGCGUCUGCCCUGCUAUACCUUCAUGAAGAGUGGGAACAAGUUGUGCUUCAUCGUGAUGUGAAAGCCAGUAAUGUUCUGUUGGAUGCUGACAUGAAUGCCAAAUUGGGUGAUUUUGGCCUAGCUAGACUAUAUGAUCAUGGUAGUAAUCCUCGAAGCACCAACAUCGUUGGAACAGUUGGGUAUCUUGCACCUGAAAUCAGUUUAACAGGCAAGCCAACUCCUGCCACGGAUGUGUUUGCCUUUGGGAUAUUCUUACUCGAGGUGGCUUGUGGAGUACAGCCUUUUCGCUUGCUCAAUUUUGCUGAGGAAGACCUUGUUUUGGUUGAUUGGGUUUUUGACUGCUGGAAGAAGGGAGCGAUUCUAGAAACAAGCGAUCCUAAGCUGGGAGGAUCUUUUGUCAGUGAAGAAAUGGAGCUUGUUCUAAAGCUAGGCUUACAUUGCUCACAUUGUAAACCAGAAGUAAGGCCAAGCAUGAGACAGGCAGUACAAUUUCUUCACGGGGAUGCAGUUCUACCAGAUGUGCCAUCCGAUUAUGAUCUUGAAAGUAAUGGCCUGCUUGAUAAAUAUUGGGGAACAUCUGGUUCAUAUCCAUCCUCAUUUCAGGUGUCAACUAACUCCCUUUUUUCUGUUAAUUCAGUCAUUCAUCAUGGCCGCUAAAUGUGCAGUAUUCUGAAUGUAACUAGAUGAUUGAAUUAGUUGAUUUAUUAGCUACCAUAUGUAAAAAUGACCAUGUUCUUCUGAAAUCCUGUGAGAAGCAGGAUUUACUCCCUGUAUGUUACGAAAAUCAUAUUUAAAUAAGUCUUAUUUUCUUUAU